GAUCAUGGUAAAAAGACGUGAAGAGGAUGCCAAAAAGAACAAGAACUGCUAAUCAGGCCGAGUCUUGGGAUACUAAUGGUUUUUUCUUUUUUGAUGAACUUCAUGCAACAUCUUCGUACGGGCCUAGAGAAUGAUUUGAUAUCAGAGAAAACAUGUGGUUGAGGAGGACUGGCUUAGAUAUCUUAUAGUUCAUGGUGGCCGGUCAAUAAGCUAGACAGUUAAUAGACAAAUUUUCUCAAAAAAUUACAUAGUGUAGAAGAAGAAGUAAGAAAGAUGACUCUGAAACUCUAUGUUGAUCGAACUUCUCAACCUUCUCGAGCCGUUCUCAUCUUCUGCAAGGUCAAUGGGAUUGAAUUUGAGGAGAUUAACGUAGAUUUAUUCAAAAAAGAACAUAAAUUGCCUGAAUACGUUAAAGCAAUAAACCCUUUUGGCCAAGUUCCAAGUAUAGCUGAUGGAGAUUUCAAGCUUUUUGAGAGUCAUGCAAUUUUAAGUUAUCUUGCUUGUGCACACCCGGGUGUUGCUGAUCACUGGUACCCAAGUGAUUUACAGAAGAAAGCUAAGAUCAACUCAGUCUUAGAUUGGCAUCACUCCAAUUUACGCCGUGGUGGAGUUGGCUAUGUCAUACAAACAAUACUAGGACCUGUACUAGGAAAACCUACAAGUCCAGAAGCAGCUGCCGAAACCGAGCAAGUUUUGGUCUCAUCGUUAUCAAAAAUUGAGUCAGUUUGGCUUAAUGAGGACGGGGACUUCUUGUUGGGUAAUAAGGAACCAUCUAUUGCUGAUCUUAGCCUUGUUUGCGAAAUCACGGAAUUUGAGAUUUUGCAUGAGAAGGAUCGUAUCCGAAUAUUAACUCCAUUCAAGAAGGUAUUGAAGUGGAUUGAGGAUACAAGAAUCGCAACAAGCCCUCAUUUCGAAGAAGUGCAUAAAGCCAUAUUGGCAUCAAAGGCAUCUUUGCUCAAACUACCAGUUGAUGAAAACUACGAAACCGUGUCAAGCAUCAAAGCCAUGCUUGACAUAGAUACUGUAACUGAGUAGAAAGAUUUAUGUUCUCUCAAAGCAACUCCAUUUCAAGAAUCUGUUUGAGUACAACCUUUGAACAUGAAAUGUAAUAAAUGGUCUAAAUGAUUUAUUGUGGAACUUCAAUUUUA